AUGAAGCCAUAUCGAAACUGGAGUAAGGAACCGUGCCUAAGUGAGUUACCUUGGUUGCUAGUUGGAGACUUCAAGGAGAUGUUGAGCAUGGAUGAUAAGAUGGGAGGAGUCCCUGUUAAUCGGUUUAAAGGUUUCAAGAGUUGGUUUGAGAGCCAUGAUAUGGUUGAUUUGAGCUUUUCUGGGCUAAGGAUGUUCGUGGAUGCUCAAGUUCGACAUCUGCCUCGAACCACCUCAUACCAUAAUCCUAUUAAAAUCUCUCAAAAGUCUUGCUCGCAAUGGUUGUUGGAUGGGGAUCGUAAUACUAAAUUCUUUCAUCUCACUACUGUGAUGGGAAGAAGAAGAAAUAAAAUUGAAAGGCUCAAGAAUAGUGUUGGGGUCUUCGUGGAAGAGGCUAAGGGCAUAAAGCUUUGGCAGUUAGACUUUUUUAUGGGGCUUUAUAAUCAGAAUAGUGUGGUGGAUAUGAAUACUUUUAUUCCAAACUUCUUCCCUAGAAUUGAAGAUGCUGACCUGAUUUCUCUAAGUAGAGGGAUUGAUUUAAUUGAAGUAAAAGAGAGUUUGUUUCGCAUUGUUGGACUUAAAGCCCUGGAGUGGAUGGCUUCCCUGCUUGCUUUUAUAAAAACCCAGUGGAGUAAAUGUGCUCUAGACCUGUUAAAUUUGGUAACUACAUCUUUCUCUGAGGGUAGUGUUCUUGACAAUCUAAACUCCACUCUUAUCACUCUUGUUCCUAAAAUUGAGAGCCCCGAGUCAAUGGUUCAUUUCAGGCUUAUCAGUCUUUGUUCUACUCUCUAUAAAGUGAUAUCUAAGGUCCUAGUGGCUCGCUUCAGACCCAUUUUACCUAACUUGACCAAGUUAGUUAUGUGCCUGGGAGACAUAUAA